CGAUACGGGAAACGGCAACGAACGCUCGUUCUCGGAGGCGACUUUUUAUCACACCGAAGGCGGGAUUUUUGACGAUUGCUAGUGUUGAUGAUAGGAAUAAAUUUUUUUUCGUGCUGAUAAUGCUGUUUGUGGAAGUGUUUGUACAACAGACGCAAAUGUUAUUGUUAGUGACAUUAUUACUGAUUGACCUUGUUUCAACCAGAGGGUAUAACCACCAUAGUUAUGGAAGACACGUUCGAAACAUAGAUUCCAUGGGAAUAUCAGUUCUUGGAGAAUUUAAUCAGGAUUUGGCUUUUCCGCGUUUCUCUGAACCCAUUCCCAACGUUACUGUCACAGUCGGCAGAGACGCUUUGCUGGCGUGCGUCGUCGACAACCUCAGAGGAUUCAAGGUGGCUUGGGUUCGCGUCGACACCCAAACUAUUCUAUCCAUUCAUCAUAACGUAAUAACCCAAAAUCCUCGUAUAUCUCUAUCGUACAAUGAUCAUAGAUCUUGGUAUUUACAUAUCAAGAACGUACAAGAAGUCGAUAGGGGAUGGUACAUGUGUCAAGUUAAUACUGACCCGAUGCGUUCCAGACAAGGAUAUCUACAAGUUGUCGUUCCUCCUAGUAUUAUUGACAAAGAAACCAGCUCUGAUAUGGUGGUACUAGAAUCAACGAAUGUCAGUUUGACGUGUAAAGCCACCGGAUAUCCUGAACCGUAUGUGAUGUGGAGGAGAGAAGACGGGGAGGAUAUCCGUUAUAACGGAGAAAAUGUAAACGUUGUGGAUGGCGAGAUUCUAUUUAUAACCAAAGUGAGUCGACUGCAUAUGGCUGUUUAUCUUUGUAUAGCCUCAAAUGGAGUUCCUCCAUCUAUAAGCAAAAGAGUGCAGCUCAAAGUUCAAUUUCCUCCGAUGCUAUCGAUUCCCAACCAGCUGGAAGGGGCGUAUAUUGGACAGGAUGUGACCCUAGAAUGCCGGACGGAAGCUUUCCCAACUUCCAUCAAUUAUUGGACGACGGAAAGGGGAGACAUGAUUAUCUCAGGUAGUGAUAAAUACGAAGCUGUUUCAAUGGAUAACGGCUAUAAGAAGUACAUGAUGCUCAAAAUUCGUAGAGUUAAUAAAUCAGAUUUCGGCUCAUACAAAUGCGUAGCGAAAAAUUCUCUAGGAGAAACAGAUGGCGUCAUCAAAUUAGAAGAGAUUCCAGCUCCUACAACUAUUAAAACAACAACCCAUUUCACGUCUUUAGAUACCAAGAAAGGAAACUCCAGGGGAUCUACGAAGGGUACAUCGAAUGACAACAGGGUGAAUUCUGUGGGGAAAGAAGAUACAAGUAUAGCAGAAUACGACUACGAUAGCGAAUACACUCUGCCGUCCAACGGACCGCCACCCAUCCAGGAGCCUCCGGGCGCUUUCAGUGGAGCGUCACGAAACUUCAACUCUAUCGCAGUCGCCAUUUUCUUCUUGUUCUUCUCGCUAUUCUUUUACUUUUUGGAAAUGGUUUCGUCCGAUGAAGGCCCGAGGUGAUGCCCCAAAUGACAUUAGGAAAGUAAAAUUCGUGUGAAGGAGAAGCGGUAUCUUAGAAAAGUGCCAUGGGUCUACAAACGUGGCAAAACAUAUCCAGAACGAGACUGAUUGAUCAAUAACUCUAUUUAAAAAAAAAUUAGUAUUUAAAAAGAAACUGCGUUGUAAAUAUUGUAAAAAUAAUGUAGUACAAUGUGUAUACAAAAAAAAACGAAACUAUGUUAAAAUGUGUUAUAGAAAACUGCUUUUCAAUUUAAAAAUAGUGCUUGAUAGAUAAGGGAGCGAAAUAUUGGGAAACCAGCUAAUCAACAACGAUCGAUAAUCACUGGUUUAUAGUAAUUUUGUUGCCCUAGAUACGAAAAUUAUUUAUGCACCAAAAUCAUGAAAAUAUUAAUGAUAUAUCUAUAAUCUCAGUUAUAAAUUCAUGUGAUGAUCUCAUCAAUUGAUACCUAAAAUCUGGAAGUUUGUCUGUAUAAUUUGCUGCUUGAUUUGCCCAUAAACUGAAUCUUCCUUCAAUUGCUGUACUCGACCAUCAAAUAUUUCACCUUUCAAUUUUUUUAAUACUAAACUACGAAAAUUUACUGCAAAUGUAAUUAAAACACACAAUCAAAGUGUUUUAUUUCAAUCUUGAGGCUAAUAAUUAUGAUAUUUGUUUUGAAAAAUUGAGACCACUUAAAUCACUGCGUCCAUUUUGAGAAAAUAAUUUUGGGGUAAAUGUUUCACCCUCGUAUUCACAUCCAGUGGUAGACGGUCCCGAUUUCCGUGAAUUUGCAGAACCGGACAUUUUGUAGACUUUAAAUCUGGGUAACCCCACAUUUGAUUUCGAUUAAAAAUCUUCAACGUCUACUACCAAAAACUAAUCCAAAACAUUCUCGCUUUUUUUACAAAGUUUGUGGUAUUUUGUUUUCGUUUUUUUUGGGAUAUAAAACCGCAAAUAUAACAAAAUAAGUGACUAGAAUAUUUACACAAAAUAUAUUAGAAUGGACUUUUAGUAAUUAUAUAUUAUAUAUUAAAAAAUAUUAAUUCAUGACUACUUAUUUUCCAGAUUUACGUCUAGGUACUUCAAUAUCAAUAUUGUCAAAUAACUGGGAUAUCAGUUGUAUGAGUAUGAAACAAACCUAUAAUUAUACAACAAUCAUGAAAAUAUGGGUUUAUUAAGAAAUUUCAUGAAUAUAUUUCUAAUCUGUGCACGUGGAAAUGAUUGAUGAUAUCUAGGGCAACAAAAAAAGUUUUUUUUUGUAGAGCUGAGUAUAAUUAAGUGCCAACAACAAUUUACACUCAUUUAUUUAUUGUUAUAUUCCAGAUAUUUUCGAAUGAUAAAAUAUAAGUUUACAAAUACUGAUUUAAAAUGUUUUAAAAAAUAAUAUGAUCUAAUUUUUUCGAUGAAAUUCAGAGAGUACUUGUUUUAUAGCGAAACUGAAAUAUAACAGCUUAAAUUCUGGCUUACAAAUCUUCUUAUCGGCUGUAGACGUUUAUUUUCUUAUUUUUCAUAUAAGUUUGAUAUAACAAGUAUUUUUUGAAGCGCCUCUGAAGAAUUUUCAACUCACAAAUACGAAAAUUUAAUUAUUUGUUAUUAGAAAUACAUAAAAGAAAAGAGAAAUAAAUUUUAAGACAGUAAA